UGUCGUCAUCUCUGGGGCCCGCGGGCGGCCUCUGUGACGUGCUCGGUGCGCUUCCACGUCGCGGUUCUUUCACAGCGCCGGGGCCAAGAUGGCGACAGCCGAGGAAACUGCGGCGGAGGAGGGCGCCGCGGGAUUGACAGCGACGACGAAGCCGCUGUUCGCAGGUCUGGCCGAUGUGUCCAUUUCGGAAGACAUUCCCGUGGAAGGAGAGAUCACGGUCCCGGUGGGGUCCCACUCCCCCGACGAAGACUACUCCACCCUGGAUGAGCCCGUUAAAGACACCAUCAUGCGAGAUCUCAGAGCAGUUGGAAAGAAAUUCAUUCACGUCAUGUAUCCCAAAAAGAGCAGCGCCCUUCUGAGAGAUUGGGAUUUAUGGGGCCCUUUAAUCUUGUGUGUUUCACUUGCACUAAUGCUUCAGGGAGGAGCAGCAGACAGUACAGAAGACAGAGGACCUCAGUUUGCAGAAGUGUUUGUCAUCAUAUGGUUUGGAGCUGUCGUCAUAACACUAAACUCCAAGUUGCUUGGAGGAACUAUAUCUUUCUUUCAGAGUCUUUGUGUUCUGGGAUACUGUAUCCUGCCACUGACAGUGGCGAUGGUGGUCUGCAGGCUGAGUUUUCUGCUCCUAGCAAAACUGGAGACAGCCAGCUUCAUUGUGCGCCUCUUGGUGGUGAUAGCCAUGUUUGGCUGGUCAACACUGGCAUCCACAGCCUUCCUGGCAGACAGCCAGCCCCCAAAUCGCAAAGCCCUGGUUGUCUAUCCCAUCUUCCUUUUCUAUUUUGUUAUCAGCUGGAUGAUCCUCACCUUCACACCACACACAUAAUAAGGAAAGGCCACAACAAUGAACGAAGGGGUUGCUUUGGUCCCCCCACCCCGGUGAAAAUCGCUCUCGGGGGUUGGCCUAUUCCCAUGUUUUGUCUAAUUUAUAUCUCUCAGAGUUUGGGUGUGGAUGUGGUGAAAUGGCAGGUGGGUCUGUGCAUCAAAGCCAAGGAGUGCAACAAAUGGACACUUGUGUGUUCCCCAUCAUCUUCUGAGAAUCCCUUUCCUGGCUGCUACUGAUGUAGAGUCUCCCUGCUCAGUUUCGUUUCAUCUUUCUGCUGCUGUCACUGACCCCUAUGGGGCAUGCCUGCCCUGUCUGAAGAAAGUUGACAUUGAAGGACAAAUAAAAUCCUGUCUUGGGCCAUCAAGACUGCUCAUCAAGGGAAACAUCCAGUCCCCAAAGUAACCAGCUUGCAAGAAGGCCAGUCACAGUUGACGCUCGGUGGUCCAUAAAAUGUUGCCUUACAUGUUUAAAGCAACUUGGGAUGGGAGAUCCUGGCUGAAUCCCUGCUUUGAUGUGCACAGAGGAGCACACUGUCUGAAGUUGGUCAGAGUGCACCAUCUUCUGUUCUUUCACCCAGUUCCCAUUCUUCACCAAAAUAAAGGUGCCUGGUUCCCUGUCUGGUGUCAUACCCAGCAAGCAUAUCAGAGGAGAUUGCUUUCAAGGCGUGAGUUCAUUCAGAGUCUGAUGCAUGUCACUUGUUCCAGGCAGUGCAACAUCAUAAUGGGAACUAUACAUUUGCAGACUGCCUUGAUUGGGUAUUUGCAGAUCUGUGUUUUUUCUGGGGAAGGAUUGUGCACAUUGCACAGCUACUUGUUUCCUUGCUGACAUGAAUGUCGGGAGAAAACCUGCAGUGACCUGGAGAUGCUGAAUGAACAGGAGAUGCUUGUCUUGCAGAAGGCACAACACAGCGGUUCAAAUACUUAACACCAGUGAGCCCUGGGUGACAUAGUAAAGCUGCUGUCGUCAUCAAAUCCCUGUGAGGAUUUGGCUUUUGAUGGUUAUGUGUGAAGGUCUUUUAAAUAGGGGAUUUUGCUUCUCUGAGCUGGUGUCUUCUAACACAUGCACUUGCUUAGAUUUUCUGUUCUUUGUAUGAAAUUGACAUCUUUAACUGCUAGAAGAAAAUGUACAAAAUGAGGAAAAUAUUUAUUUUGCAAGCUACUGUUGUGCCCGUGCUAUAUCUGCUUAGAGACCAGAGUUCUUUAAGUAUCCAGACCUGCUGUUGUGAAGGCUUCUGAAAAUAGAGUUCUCUCUGUAAUUGACUCUUCCUGGGACUUGCUGUUAAGCAGCUGAAUAGCAUGGUCUGGCAAAGAUGGUAUGGGGAGAUGCUUCCUCCUCAGCACAGGGAUCUGUGUUCUUUCGCUUGUUUUCUUCUUACAGACAAAACAGGUUAAAUGUGAGCUUGAGUUAAUGAAACCUUUGACCCUUCUAGUGCUAAACUUAUUCAGAAUCGUGCUUGCUGGGUUAAAGGGCAGGCCACUUUCCUGAGUUUUGCAUUGCAAUUUCACAUGUGUUUUUUCAUUGGUGUUCAUUUUUUUCAGGUGGGCGUGAGCUGGAAAUAGGUUUUCCUUGUCAUGAGAUGCUGACUUGCCUGCACACAUGCGUGGAAACAUGAGGUUAGGGUGUGGGGAGCCUUUAUGCAAAGUGCUAAUGGGCCGCGUUGGGUUUAGAUGUGGCCAUCUAUUCAGUACCUCUCAGUAACCUAGGUCUACAUUUUUGUGUCCUUUUUCAGAGGAUAUGUUGCAGAUUUUGUCUGUGUGGGUGGGUGGUGUCUGGGAAUGGCCAGAGCAAAUGGAGGAAUUCAGGGUAUAUUUUGAAGGAGACUAAGGCCCAAUUCUUGCUGCCUCAAAAUACUUCUGUGGGGAAUAGGAAGAUAACUGUGCAAGUCCUUUGUACAUGGCAGAGCUGGAUGAGUGUGACUCGGCUCCUGGAUGCACAGUUUCUGAUGUUAGACUUGACAAAACAGCAAGAGUUUAAAUUGUGUUGGGAGGAGUAAGAUUGACCAAGUAGGUAGUGGGAAUAAGUGCAUCUUUCUUGCCUUACACUUGUGAUAGGUUUCUGUCCAGAAGUAACACUAAAUGCAGAUGGUUCAUCCAUGUUCCCUUCUUUUAUUUUGCUGCAGCCAUGUAAAAAGUUUCUUUCGACCUUCUAAUUUUGGUCUUGUACAUAGCCUUGCUGCUUGUGGCUGGGAUUGGGGAGACAAUGUGAAUUAUUUAAUUAUAAAGUUUCUUAUGAAUAAAAUGCUGAAAGAGG